AUGGCGCCCUCCUCUAAAAAUACCGGAUUCUCGGCGAAGCCGCGCCUAUCCGCCUCUCAGAUCUCCCUGAAGCGCCUGAAAGGGGAGGACUUUGAACGCAAUGCGAAGCAGGUCUCGCGCUUCAAGAUGCUGAACGGCGGCAAGCCCUUUCGCGACGAGGACGGCAAGGUCACUGAGGCGGCGGCGUUGGAGAAGGGGGCGGAAGACACGAAGCCGGGGAGGGUGCAGCGCGACGGGUGGUGGUUUGGUGAGUGGUCUCUUCGACCUGAACUGCGUGCAGGGAAUACCUGGGUGAUCUCCCAGACUGCUUUCGAUCACUGCAGAACGAGCCCUACGACGAAGAAGGAUGAUCCCUACUCUGUGCUGUUGCGGAGGAACAAACUCCCCGUGGCGCUUCUCGACGAUGCGGCCAACCCCAAUACUCGCAAGCUGUGCCUACUUCCCCCAUACUACGAGUCCUCACUAAAUCCAUCUCAGCGCUCUGUUAUUGUCGAGACCAAGCCUUUCUCCAAUACGUUUGGUCCCAAGGCGCAGCGGAAGCGGCCCCGCGUCGAGGUUGGGUCUUUCGCCGAGCUCGCAGACGCCGCCAACGAGGCCGCCGCGAAGCCUGAGGAGGGAGAUUUGACUGCCCCCGUCAAAGUCCUCGAGCCGCAGACCCACGCCGACUUCCAUGAGCCCAUCUACGCGAAGGGGACGUCCCGCCGCAUCUACGGCGAGCUGUACAAGGUCAUCGAUUUCUCGGACGUCAUUCUUCACGUCCUCGACGCUCGCGACUGGUUCAUCAAGAAGGAGAAGGCGCACAAGCAGGUCGUUCUCGUCAUCAACAAGUGCGACUUGGUCCCGAACUGGGUCACUGCCCGCUACAUCCAGCACCUCACCCCUCGCUACCCUACUAUCGCAUUUCACGCCUCCCCCAACCACUCCUUCGGCAAGGGCUCGCUCAUUCAGCUCCCCCGCCAGUUCUCCCAGCUGCACUCGGACAAGAAGCAAAUCUCCGUCGGGUUCGUCGGCUAA